CGCCUAAUGGGCAUGAACACAUUUCCGACUCCUGUCCCGGCUUAUUGAUUCGAUUCCCCAAUCGAAUCGCCGCCCCCCUCAAACCCUAUCUUAGCUUCUGCCGCCGGCGACGUCGAUAGCCGUUGAUCAUCUCACGCCUUCUUCUUCUUCCUGGUGGCAAGAUGUUGGGCGAGACCCAGCUGCCCGUGACGGCGCUGAUCGGUCGGAAGCGGCGCUGGGACAAGGACGACGCCGCCGCCAGCUACGAAGAAGCCAGCGAUGGUACCCCGAAGGAGCAAGCCCCUAUGGAGAUCGCGGCCAGCCCAACAACCCGCGACGAGGAGAAGCAGGAGGACGAGGAUAUGGGUCUUCCGGCCUGCAAGAUGGGUGAGCAACCCCUUACGGAAAUUGGAAGUUCGAUCGUCUCGAUUGUGGAGGAGAAGGAAGUGACCGAGGAGCUUGAGAUUCCAAUGUGGGACAGCGAUGAUGAUGAUGGUGAGUUUAUGCUCAAGGCAAAGGCAGAGCUCGAGGAGCUUCACAUUGCCUGUGUCAAAAGCAUCACCGAAUUGGAUCCUAAGUCGAAACUCUUGGUCCCUACCCGCUUCUGCAGCUUCAAUAUAGCCGGCUUCGACCUCGAUAAAGAGUCUAAGUUUGGCCUUGGGCCGCCGCUUGAUAGCAAUAUAACUCCUGAGUUGGAGAAGUACAUGGUGACGUCAGCCGUCAACGUCAUUUCCGUCAAAGUAAUUGAAUCUGACCGGGGUUAUCCAAUCAGCAUAUAUGGUACUGUUCUUGCAAGGGAUAGGAUUGACUACAGAUGUGGAAGGGAAGACCCCCUGAUGAUCAGCUCCAAGGAUGAUAUGCUAACAUUGACAGGUCCACGACGGGCAUUAGUUCCGCUGGAUAAUAUUUACUUUGAGUUCAAUCUGAGGGUGAAGGGUGAUGCCGGCGACGAAGAUUUUAGCAAAGGUGUAAUACAGCUCCAUGUCGUUCCCUAUGACAAUGAACCAAUCACAAGGGUGCUUAGUAGUUGGCUGAGCAGAGUGGAGUUGGUGCUCGCACCUGUUGAUGGUCCAGUGGCAGCUAGCCUUGAAGUCAAGAUUUUGAAAGGAGCACCACCUUUGACUGGCAAAAUAUGUGCUGGGACUAGUGAAAAUCCUGAGACUCAGAUGAUUGUGUAUGAUAGUAGAGAUAUGAAGAGCGGUUCCUCUGUUGUGUUAAGUCGCAACUUGGUAGCUGUCCCUGACCCGGAUGAAGAAGACGAUGAAAUUAUUGUCCAUGUUCGCUUCCUUAAUGAUGGCAAUGAUGUCGAUGACGAGGAUGCAGGCACCUUGGUCAGCGUAGCAUACCCUGCUGAAGAGCAAGUCUGCAGUCACGGCGCCUGGGAGCUGCAAGUGAACGUUGCCUGGACUGCCAUCCUGUCCAAGCCGAGGGCAAAAUAUAUCAUGAGAAGAGGGAGGAGUACGCCCAGAGCUUUUACUUGCCCUCAGUGUGAGCCUCUCUUCUGAUUGGUCUCUAAGUAACUUGUUCAGAAUUUCUGUUCCCGUCCUUGUACAUGUAAGAAGCAUGCACGACAUCA